AUGUCUAAUUGGACAAGUCUGUGGUAUGUCUGGUUAAUCUUGCUGAUUGUGUUCCUGCUCCUGCUCUGUGGGAUUGCAGCAAGCUGCAUCAAGCUCUGCCGGAAGAAGAGGCCUCCAGUGGAGACCUUCUCCAGGCACCCCCAUGACAUGACCAUAGACAGUGACAGCACUGCCCACAGCACAGUCACCUCAUACAGCUCUUUGCAGUACCCUCUAAGUGUCAUUAUUCCUUCAAUAUUUGUGGAUAUGGAUAAGAACACUGUGUCCCUUCCAGCUUACAGUCUCUAUGCAAUGGACUUGCCACCUUCCUAUGAUGAAGCUGUCCAAAUGGGCAAAUCACACAUGGAAGUAGCACGGAUAAGCCAGAAACUCAGUGACAUCCCUGGGCAGGUGACACCAGGUGGGCUGAGUCCCAUCCAGAAUUCAAUCAACAGAGAUCCAGCCACACAGGCAAACUCAGAAAAUCCACAAGGUGCAACACAUGAACAGCCACAGCUCUGA